UGUGUCAUGCGUUUCGUCGUAAUCACGAUUCAACAAUUUUUCCGCCGAUAUUUAAUUUUACGUUAAUCCGCCAAUUGAUGCAGUCAUCCGCAGUGUCGAUGCGCUCUUUGCUACGUGCCUUCUCCAUAGCAUCCAAACAACGUGUUGAUAUGGCCGAUUCCGCUUUGAAGGCAGAGGUGGUGCUCUCGGAGAACAAUCGCAAGACUUGCAUCGAAAAAUUUAAAUCAUUCUGGGUACCGAAGUUGCCUGAAGUAGCUGCAGAAGCAGCCGUCUUGGUCCCAUUAUGUUUAUAUAAAGGAGAACUCGGAUUAUUAUAUACUCUGCGAUCCAUGAAGCUCACAUCCAAUCGAGGACAAGUGUCCUUUCCGGGUGGUAUGCAUGACAAGAGCGACGUAGAUCUGCAAGAAACUGCUUUGCGAGAGACUUGGGAGGAGCUGAAGAUCCCCAGGGAGAAGAUCGACGUAUGGACCACAGGGAAUCUCAUUGGCAAGUCCGACGUUAAUGUGAUGCCGGUUCUGGCCUUUAUCGGCGAGGUGGUGCCGGAGGAAUUGGAGAUCAAUCCUGACGAGGUGGAAGAAGCCUUCGUGGUCAGUCUGCAAAAAUUGUGCGAUCCUGAGCUAAUUCGUUUCACGAGUUUCCGCCAACCAAUUGUGACCCUGCCUUGUUACACGGGCGGAAAAUACCGUGUCUGGGGUUUUACCGGCGCUAUCACUCACAUAGCACUCGAAUGCUUGGUGCCGCAAGUAUAUAAGUACACGUUUUCGUCAAUACAACCGAUGCAGAAGAAUCAUUCUAGCGAAAAGGAAUCAGUUUAUUCCGAUUACAACGCGACGCAUUCGAAAAUAUAAAGAAUUUAGAAUCAAAUAUGCUAAAAUAAGAGGUAUAUUAAGA